UUCGUCUCCUUCACUAUCAGACUGAAUAAUUAAAGAGAUAGAGAAGAAAGCAGAUAAUCAAUUUGUUCAAUGGAGAAGGCAGUCCAUUUGUCAACGAAAGGUGGACCAGAGGUUCCAGGAGAGCCAACAAAGAUGGGAACCUCCAUGGUUGACUCGGCUGCUGCAGCUGUACAAAGCUUCACUCCGAUUAACCAAAUCCACCAACAUCUCUGCGCGUUUCAUUUCUAUGCAUAUGACAUGACUCGACAAGUGGAGGCACAUCAUUUCUGCGGUCACAUCAACGAGGACAUGCGUCAGUGUCUGAUCUACGACGGUCCUGAUGCCAACGCCCGUCUGAUCGGUCUGGAGUACAUAGUGUCAGAGAAGCUUUUCAUGACGUUGCCUGAUGAUGAGAAGAAGCUUUGGCACACUCACGAGUGGGAGGUCAAAGGAGGGUUCCUGUUCAUGCCCGGUGUUCCCGAGCCAAUCCAACGCCAAGAUCUCGAGAUAGUUGCCAAGACUUAUGGAAAAGUUUACCAUUUCUGGCAAGUCGAUUUGGGGCAUGAGCUCCCCAUUGGUUUGCCUAAUAUUAUGAUGGCUGUUACUCGCGACGGUCAACUUUAUCCGGAGAUGGUCAAGGAGACGGAGAAAAAGUUUGGGAUAUCGAUAGAUAAAGAGAGAGAGUCAAGGGCUUAUAUGACAGGACCAGACCAUGGGAUCCAUCCGUUGGCGAAUGGAGGUGGUAAAGGGCUGAAGUUGGAGAUGCGAGAGGUUGACAUCAAGCCUGUCGAGUCUGUUCCAAGAGUCUUUGUCUAAGUUAGUUAAAGAGAGAGGGAGUCUUAAGAGAAGAAUAAAUAAAGAAGCGGUCGAGCUUUGCUUUUGUUAAGUGUAUCCCUCGAUCAUGUGUAUUAUGUUGUAAAAGACACUUGAAAAAUAGUAUAUGUUGUGUUCUUUCUUUUGUUUUGAAGACUUGUGAGAAUCUUGUUUAAUA